GCAUUGUUCGUUGAAAGGGACUCAACGUUCCUGGAAACCAGCCCCCUGUUCUGCUCUGCCCAUGGAACAUUUACCUGUUUAGAUGCAAAAUACAGUUUUGAUAAUGCUGCCGAGAAGCGUCAGAGAGAUCUGUUUGCUUUCCGCAAUGUACAAUUGAAACUGCCUGACGAAUUGAAGACCGAAAAAGAAAGCUCCGCGUUCAUCCGUCUUGGUGGGAACCAUGGAACUGGCCUUGCGAUGGCUACGAAUGAUGCGAUUGUGUUC